AUGGUCAAAAUUGACGAGCCGGGGGAGAUUAUUGAAGAAAUACCUUUUUCCGAGGAGCUUGUGCUGGGUGAAAACCUCCAACAAGAUGGAGCAACAGAUGCUGGGCAAGCCAACAGUGAAAUAGAUGAUGAAAGAGAAGCAUCCCUUGAUCGUGAGCAAACAACGGUGGACGCUGGAACUCAGAAUUUAAUGUGGCCAGAAAGAGAUGAGUUGUGGCGUACAAUGCCAAUGUGUUUCCAGUUUUCUUUCGGGAAGAAAACAACAAUCAUGAUAGACUGUUUUGAAAUUUGUAUAGAAUGCCCUUCCAAUCUGCUUGCGAGAGCACAGAUGUUUUCGAGUUAUAAGCAUCGCAAUACAGUGAAAGUACUUAUUGGAAUCACACCUCAAGGAUCAGUAUGUUUUACUUCAAAAGCAUGGGGAGGACGGACUUCUGAUAAAUACCUAACAGAGAGCUGUGGUUUUCUUAACAACCUCAAGCCCGGUGACCUCGUGUUGGCUGACAGAGGGUUCACAAUUAGUGAAAGUGUUGCUUUCUGCCAAGCACAGUUAGGUACUCCGGCCUUCACAAAAGGGAAGAACCAACUAGACCCAUUCGAUGUAGAAAGGACACGGGGAAUUGCCAAGGUGCAAAUACAUGUGGAGCGUGUCAUAGGAGUUUUGAGGCAAAAAUAUACUAUUUUGCAGUCAACUCUACCAUUGGAUUACCUCACCUGUUCUAACAAUGCUGCAGACUGUCCACUGAUUGACAGGAUGAUCAGGGUUUGCUCAGCUUUGACUAAUCUUUGCCCAUCUGUUGUCCCUUUCGAGUAA